UACGAAAUUCAUAGAUACGUAAUGUUGGUAUUGUGGUGUCGGAAGUCGAUUUUAAUCGAAUAUUCACAUGUGAGAAAAUUUCGGGGUUUAGUCGUUUUAAUUCCAGGAAAUGUGUAGUUUGUAAUAAAUGUGUCAGAUAUUAUAGUUUUAUGAAAACUAAAAGCAAUAACGAUGGUGUUGAAGGGAAUAGUAUCGCUGGUGAUUUUGGGUAGUGUUGUGGCUGUGGCAGAUUCUGCUCGUGUCCUGGAAUUAAGUGACAGAUUUCUUGAUAUUAGGAAAGAUGGGCAUUGGCUUAUCAUGUUUUAUGCUCCAUGGUGUGCCCACUGCAAACGCCUGGAACCAGUAUGGUCUCAUGUGGCACAGGCCCUACACAAUACCAAUAUUCGUGUGGGUCGCAUUGAUUGCACCAGAUUCACUGGCAUGGCUACAGAGUUUGGAGUAUCGAGUUUCCCAGUGAUCUUGUUUUUGAACGGGGACUUUCAGUACACAUUCAAAGGAGACAGGACAAAGGAAGAAAUAGUGAACUUUGCCUUGCGGGUGUCUGGACCGCCAGUGAAUCAGAUCACUCGAUCAGAGAGCUUGGAGAAUCUGAAGGCAUCCAAUCGAUUAUUUUUUGUGUAUGUUGGUGACCAUGAAGGUCCAUUGUGGGAGACUUAUUCUUAUGUAGCUGAAAGAUUUCAACCUCAUGGAUUUUUCUAUUCUGUGUCACCAGGAAUUGCAAGAAAGCAUGUCACAGUAACAUCAUUUCCCUCUGUGUUUGUGUACAAAGAGAAAUUGCAUUAUUUCUUUGCAGAACCACUUAAUAAUGAAUUGGGGCUGGAGUACUUGAAUGCUUCCAUGUUUGACUGGGUAAAUGUUGAGAGAUUUGCGACAUUCCCAAAGGUAACAAGAGGGAACAUCAAUGAGUUAUUGCAGACCAAAAAAUACCUUGUUUUGGCUGUUGUAGAAGAGAACAAACUACAGGAGAUUCCCACUGAAAUGCUAGUGUUUCGAGAUAUGAUUCAGUCUGUCAUUAUAAAGAACAGAGAAAAGUUUCACAAACAUUUCCAGUUUGGCUGGGUGGGGAGCCCAGAGCUGGCCAACUCCAUUGCAAUGUCAGUGGUACCACUUCCAUAUUUGCUAGUGGUAAACUCAACAACCUAUCAUCACCACAUCCCAGAGGAUGACCCUAGUCAGCUGACAGCAGAGGCAGUGACCAUCUUCCUGGAGCAGGUUCACAACCAGUCAGCUCCAAGAUAUGGUGGCAAUACACUGCCUGUAAGGCUUUACCGCACUUACUUCAAGGCCCGCACAUCGCUUGCUGAGAUGUGGUAUGGGAACCCUGUGCUGACAGCUGUUCUUUUUGGGCUACCACUUGGCUUCCUCAGUCUGAUCUGCUAUUCUAUUUGUUGUGCAGAUAUCAUGGAUGCUAAUGAUGAAGAAGAUGUGAUACAUGAAAAGAAGGAAUAAGGUGUCUGCAAUAUGACAGUAUUAGUUAUACUACAAAAGCAGAAAUAUCAGAUUAUACAGGCCAGGCUAUUCCACACAUCAGGUUCAGCUGAUAUUGUCACCAGCUGGAUAGUGGUGUGUCGUGCCUAACAAGACAAUACUGUCAACAGGUUGGCAAUUAAUUUAAUUACAUAUAUAUUGUAGUUACUAUUGCUAUUAGGGCAUAAUGUACAGUAAUUUAAAUGUGGAACUGCAGUCUUCUUUCUUAAAAAAUAAUAUUUUAAGUGGUCUAGAAGAAAGGAAAUUGUGUCUUCGUACAUUGAACACUAGAUAUGUUUUCCAAGAAAACAAGUUAGCGCCAUUUUGAAACUAUAUAUACCUUUAUGAAAAUCUGUAAAGUGAGUAUUGGGUGUCAGUUGCAUAUUUAGGACAAAUUUUCCUACAGGUGGAGUUAAUUUAUAACAACAGUGAUGUCUACACAAAUCAUGAUAUUGAAAAACAGUUUUAUGAUCAGCAUGGUUAAAAGCGUAAUUGAAUGUACUGUUAAAUAUCGUGUAAAAUACACGAAAUUAUCAUACUUGGCAUUUCAAAAAGACAGAAGAAAUAAAUACAGACAAAUUUCUAUUUAA